UCUAUGUUUGACUUGAGAACAAUGGUAGGCCAUUGGAGUUGGGGUUUGAUGGAAGAUGAAGGUUGGAGGAAGGGACCUUGGACAGCUGAAGAAGACAGAUUGCUUAUGGAAUAUGUCAGAAUAUAUGGUGAAGGAAGAUGGAACUCUGUGGCUAGGCUUGCAGGAUUGAAGAGAAAUGGAAAGAGUUGCCGAUUGAGAUGGGUGAAUUAUCUAAGGCCUGAUUUGAAAAGAGGACAAAUAACCCCACAUGAAGAAAGCAUAAUUCUUGAGCUUCAUGCUAGGUGGGGCAAUAGGUGGUCAACGAUUGCUCGAAGCCUGCCGGGACGAACGGAUAACGAGAUAAAGAACUACUGGAGAACCCAUUUCAAGAAAAAAAUAAAAGACAAUUCUGAUGCUAAUGGGAAAGCCAAAGCUCGUCUCUUGAGAAGACAACAAUUUCAUCAACAACAAUUGCAACAACAACAAUUCAAUCCAAUGGAUAUGAACAAAAUCAUGGCUCUUCUUGAAGAACGACAAGACAAAAACAACAACAACAAUAACAAAUUAGAAGCUUUAUCUUCAUCUGUUUCAGAAACAGAGAAGAAACAGAACAUCACAAAUUUCUACUCACAAACAGCUGAAAAUGAGCAAAGUUUGAUAUCUGAGCUCAACAACACUGGCUUUGUAGUGCCUGAGAUGUUGAAUGAAGGGCUUGAUGUGGGAUGGGAUAUGGAGCUUGGAGGAUAUCCAUGGCAAUGGCAGCUUUAGUAUUUAUUUUUCCUUUUUUUUAAGCCUUUUCUUGAGUUGGGUUUUGGUUUUACAAGAAGAGGAUUUUUGAGCCAAAGCUUUGAAACUAUGGCUUUGGAGUUAAAUAAUGUAAUUG